AAAGUCUCUCCAUACAUGUUCCUUGGGCCAGAAGUAAUAACACAGUCAGCUGCUGGGCGGUCUUUGUACUAUAAAAAUUGCCAUUUUUGGCUUUGGUGGGAGGAUCGCGGAAGAGUUGUCGUACGCAGGCGUGAUGAGUGCAUUUCCGUCUUCUUCCCCUGCGGAUACAGAGAAAUGACUGCUACCCUUCGCCCAUACCUGAACGCUGUACGUGCCACUCUGCAGGCAGCCCUAUGCCUGGAGAACUUCUCCUCUCAGGUGGUGGAGCGCCACAACAAACCAGAAGUGGAGGUCCGGAGCAGUAAGGAGCUGUUGCUGCAGCCUGUGAUCAUCAGCCGCAAUGAGAAAGAGAAGGUUUUGAUUGAAGGCUCCAUCAACUCCGUUCGUGUCAGCAUUGCUGUAAAGCAGGCAGAUGAGAUCGAAAAGAUCCUGUGUCACAAGUUCAUGCGCUUCAUGAUGAUGAGAGCAGAGAAUUUCUUCAUCCUGCGGAGGAAACCUGUGGAGGGUUAUGACAUCAGUUUCCUCAUCACCAACUUCCACACGGAGCAGAUGUACAAACACAAGCUGGUUGACUUUGUCAUCCACUUCAUGGAGGAGAUUGACAAGGAGAUCAGUGAGAUGAAAUUGUCCGUCAACGCCCGCGCUCGCAUUGUUGCCGAGGAGUUCCUUAAGAACUUUUGAAAAAGUAACCCAUCAUUCCUCAUGCUGAUCACUUAAUAUGGCUAUUACCAUGGUUCCCGGAGUGGGGGGGAGAAGCUUGGAGACCAGAAAAGGAAGGUGGAACUUAAGUGGACAGCCAAUCAGCAAGGAGAACCACAGAAAAGAGACCAAACGCCAAGGGAGUGUGGCCCUCAUUAGAGUUCCCUGUAUUUAUGAAUAAUAAUGUUUGUACAUAAUGAAUAAUCUCAGCCUCAUUUUCUGCCUUUCAGAACAAAACUAGUAUCAGGGCUGGUCCUUAUAGUUAAAAACCAAAUUAAUAUUCAUAAGAACAGGGAAUAAAACAUUUUUGAGAAUUGUUCUAACAAUUGAAAAACUUGUUCUGUUUUUGAUAUCUAUAUUAUUACAUUGUUUUGUUACAGUGGACUUUAAACGUCAAACUGUUCACAACAUCUUGAAGAACAGUGGGUAGUGGUGCACUUGUAUUUUCACGCAAAACACAUAACCAACCGUAUGAGUGACGAGAAACCACAAUGAUGACAAUGCCGACUGUGAUUACAAGGACAAUAAACUCCAUUAGUGUC